AGUAUAAUGAGUGUGAGGUAGUGCAGGACGCUCGUGGGUUCGAACAACAGUCGCAGUACCUCACCUCCUCCCGCUCUUUUUACCAUAUUAUCCCCAACCAGAUCUCUCAGAUGCCCUUGUUACAGGGCCAACAGUUCCGGCUGAUCAAGCCGCCGGGCAGUAUAGAGCCUGGCACUCAGUUAUUCACCAUCCAGCACACAGGAGAGAAGUUUCUCAGUAAAAGUGACUAUGAAGACCGAUUGGCCCUGUACAGUCAAAGUAUAUGGACCUGUCAGUGCACUGGCAAGUCUGGUCUCACUCACCAGGAGGCUUGGACAAGUGAGGCCAAGGUUCGUGUACUUCUUAGCUCUUCAUUCCCUACACCUCUUCUGCCACCUAUUCUCCGCACUCUCCACCACAGUACACUGCCACUAGAUCAGCUAGUGGAGGCUGCUUCAACUCUUUGCUAUACUCGGUUUCAUCAUGGUGAAGAACUAACACUCUUGGGCCCGCAGCCGAUACAAGUUCGUGUCAUCAGUUCUAAGGAAAACAACUGUAUAACAAAGAAGGAAAAUAUUACUAACGGUAAGAAGACAUCACCUUUAUCAAAAGACUCGGCCACUCCUCUUACCAAUGGUUGUUCUCCCCAUGCUUGUGAAAGCCCAGUGGUCAAUGGCACACACAAUGGUACCACAGACACUGAAGAGUCUAGUCCUAAGAGUGAGGGAAAGGGAAAAGAAGACUCUCCUGGAAAGAAGAAGAAUAUGUUGCUUCCAUUAUUAUAUGAUGUAUCAGUGAUAGGAGAAGAUCGAAUCAUGACAGAUGUCCCAGCCAAAUAUCUCCAGCGAACUUAUAAGGUGCCACCGAAGGAGCAUUUUCGCCUGUUUGUCCGAGCCAACGCAAUUAGACAGCGAUCCAGUGCAUAUACACCAUGGCUAGUAUCAGAAGAAUUAGUUAAACAGUUUAAUAUUCCCAGUAAGUUAGCUUCAAUAUUUACACACCCAAGGACACAUGCACUAGGUAGAAAGAGAAAGGCUGAAGGCUUAAUUGAAGAAAAACAUAAGAAGGCAAAAGGUGAAAAGGUACUGGAAACUGUAAAAAAAAGUAAAGAUGGGCUUUCCUCUAGGUCUCCAAAAGUUAGAAAACGAAGAGAAAAACGUGAUCCUAAUGCUCCUAGACGAAAGCCUGGUCCAAAGCCUGGUUUUAAGAGAACUCCAAAGCCAGUUCCUAAAUUAGAACCACCAAAACCUUCCUCAAAGAUACCCAAAGUAGUGAAAAUUGAAUCGAGUGAUAGUGAAGAAGAUGUAUGUCUUGCAGUUUUGGCAAAUAGAUCACCAAAGGUAGAAAAUGGAACCCCAGAAAAGACAAAAAUGGUUACUCCACCAAGCAUUGUUCCUUUAUUGCAGCCUAGAAAGAAAGAAAUAAUAAAAGAUGGAAAGGAUCAAGCCAAGGGUGUGAGAAAGAUGAAACAAGCAACUCUUUUUGAUUUGAAGACAUCAACGAAAAAGAAUGCAGAUGGAACACCAAAAGCCAAGUUUUCUCCACGAAAAUCCCCACAGAAGAAGUUCCCAACUCCAGAAGCAGUAAUGAGAAUUCCAAUCAUGAAGAAAAUGGUAAACCAGUACAGCACUCUUAAGGGUUUGAAGGGAACUGGACGGAAACUUGUUCAUACCAUGGAUCAAGUCCUGAAGAAACUUUCCUUACAACAGAUUGAGGUUAUACCUAAUGUUAAUCUGCGAGAAGAUAUAUUGAAGCGUAAUGAGCGUAUGGUAGAGAAGAAUAUACUAGCUAAAAUGACACCAGAGGAGAAGGAGGAAUAUCUUAAACAAAAGGCUAAAGAGGAAGCAAAGAAGCGUCUGCAGUCCAAACGUGAACAAAAUCGGAAGAUGGAAGACAAAAUUCUUAGCAACCUGAAACCACUUCCACAACCACAACUUGUCCCUACUCCUGAGGAGAUCCCCAAUUCUCUGUUUGGUGAUGUGGCCAUGGUAGUAGAGUUCAUAGAGUGCUACCAUGGUAUUGUUCAUACAGACAAGAAGAAAUCUAUUUCCUGUAGUCAGCUGAUGCAAGCACUUGCGGCUGGACCUAUUGGCUUAAAGUAUGUGGCAGAGGUGAUGUGUCUUAUUCUGCAUCUCAUCAUAGAUGAUGUCCGAUUGGGUGGUAUGAAGGAGCUUGGUGUAAAGAUAAGUGAUUUACCUGUGCAUUACCAAACUGCCCUAGAGCUUGCUCGUCUGUGUCUGAGUAAGCGUGAUUUCUCUGAGUCAGCCAGUCUACACUCUGAUGAUAAUGUGGAAGAAGGAGAAGAACAGAAUGAAUUGCUAACCAGCACUGAAUGGAGUCUCUCCAGUAUGGCCACCUUCUUCUCAAGGAAGACACAGAUUAAUCUGUCUGAUGGAUUGAUUCACAAGUUAGAGUCAAGUGAGUUAUAUGAGUUGCAACCUUCUGAAGUUAUUGCUGUAUUGAAAGCUCUGUGCCACCAAGCCAUUGCUUCUGAUACUGUCCUUGAACAUGUUGAAGAAAUUGAAGAAAAGGUGUACACACUGUAUAAGGAGCGAGCCCAAAUUAAAAAGAUCAGUUUAAAAGAAGAGAUGGAGAAGAAGAAGCAGAGAAAACAGGAACGUCUGCAGAAAAAAAUAAACAAAACAAAGACACCCAAAAAAUCUCCAGGCCGUCCUAGAGGCUACAGUCCAAAGAAAAAAGCACAUACCAUUGAUAAAUACUGUAGUAAGAAGGAGGAAGACCAAGACUUGGAUUUGGCAUCAAGAGUGAAGAGGCGACGCCUGACUAAUGAAGAGAAAGAAAAAAACAAGAUCCUGUUAAAUGAGCAGAGAAUGGAGGAGGAAGAAAAACAGAGACGAUUAUUUGUAGUCCAAGAGUAUGAACGGGUACUGAUGCAGAAAGAAAUGCUAAUUCGUUUGCAGCCCCUGGGAUUAGACCGUAAUCAUGACAGGUACUGGCUCUUCAACAACACAACUCCUGGGCUCUAUGUUGAGAAGGGCUGGGUAGAUCCAAACACUACCUACCGGAUAAAGGCUGAAAGUCCAAGAAAACAGCAAGGAGGCUUGAUACUUAAUGGCAAUGAAGAUUCUGGUUCGGAUUCAGAUGACAAACCUUUAGCUACUAUUAAAGAAGAAUUGUCUACAGGUAGCCCUAGAAAGGAAACUCUGCUGAGCAGACCCAAGCCACUCACUCAGGAUGAAGAAAUUCAAACAUUCCCUCCGGUUGGACAAAACAUGUGGUUUUAUUAUAAUUCUAUAAAAAGUGUGGACGAGUUGUUGCAAUCCUUGGCAGAAAAAGGAAUACGAGAGUCCAGACUGAAAGCUAACAUCAUUCAAGUUAAAAAACAGCUGGAAAACAACCUGACCAAAGAAUGGAAUGCUCUAGAAGAUCUACAAGAUGGAGCUCUUCAGCUUGUAGAAUCAUUACGUGAAGAUAUUAUUCAGAUUGAACAUGAGCUUACAGAGGGUUGGCUUGGAGCAGUGCCGAACAAAGAAGAGUGGGAGAAAAAAGCACAACAGGCAACAUCUUUGCAGGAGCUAGGAGAGUGCCUGAUGGAAGCACAGAAGAGCAUUCACUUCAAGUACCUGAAGGGUAUGAUGCAGCCCUCCAAGAAGCUUAUACCUUCUGAUAACACAGAUGCUGCCCCUGAAUAUGAGGAGUUGGAAAGCCCAGCAGUACUUAAGUGGCGAGACGCUGUGUUAACUUGUCAAACGUUUUCACGAAUGCAUAUGCUAGUGGGCAUGUUUGAUUCCUGCAUCAAAUGGGAAAAGUCUAUUGCUACUAAGAAAUGUAAAGUCUGUCGGCACCAAAACUCAACCAUCCCAUUAACAAUUUGUGAUAAAUGUGAAAGUAGUUAUCACUGGAGUUGCUUGCGGCCACAACUUAGGGAAGAGCCUCCUGAACCCUGGCUGUGCCCUGGUUGUCAUCCUGUAAGAAGUAGUCGGUUAGAGAGACACAAGCGAAAUUCAGUUGAAGACCCCAGUGAAAAGGAAAAGGUUUGUCGAGUAUGUGAGCGUGGUUUGGGUCUUAUCUUCUGUUGCCUGUGUCCUGCUGCAUACCACUCAGAGUGCCACGAUCCACCACUUCAAACACGUGCAAGGAAGGACUGGGCAUGUGUAGACUGUAAUGCAAGAAAGAGGAGGGGCUAUAAAAACAUUAGGACAACUAGAACUAGAUACCAGUCAAACAGCGAAGAAGAAUUGGUUUCUGAGAGAAAAAGUACUUUCAAAGGUUCCAGCAAGAAAAAGAAUGCUCAGAAACAUGUCAGAAAUCGUAGUAAAAGUCAUGGUAGGACUCUCAGAGGUACUUCUCGUAGAAAGUAUAUGGAAACAGAUGAUGACAACGAGGAGGAGGAGGAUGAUGAUGAUGACGACGACAAUGAAGAUGAUUGUGACUAUAUGGCCCCACCUAGAUUAAGACAUAGCACACGAAGAGUAACAAAUAAGAGGAAGAAUUAUAAAAUUAGUAGUGAAGAUGAGGAAGAAGAAAACAUCACAGAACAAGAGGAAGAAAUGGAGGAAGAUAAUAUAGAACAGGAUGAAGAGGAGGAUGGUGAUAUUGGGGAGCAAGAAGAAGAGGAAGACAAUGGUGAACAAGAUGAUGAGGAUGAAGAAAAUAGAGACCAAGAUGAAGAGGAUGAAGAAAAUGGAGAACAAGAUGAAGAAGAUGAAGAGUAUAUGGCACAAGAUUCAUGCACAUACUGUGGAUUAGGAUUGGACAAGAAUGGAACUCGGGCACGGCUCCUGCCAUGUAUAACCUGUGAUACUUGUUUUCAUCCCGAGUGUGCUUGUGAAGCUGUCAACAGCAAGACUGUGAACACAUAUCAGUGUUCUAAGUGUUUGAGAGCUAGUAGAAGUCCAUCCAGGUCUCCUGUGAAAACAGCUAAGAGCAAUGACGAUGAAAAGGCUGAAGAUGGACCUGAUGCUAUAGAGGAAGAAGAGGAAGAGGAAAAUGGGGAUGGAGAAGAUGAUGAAGGUGAUGAUGAGCAAGAUGAAGAAGAGGAUGAAGAUGGUGAUGAUGAGCAGGAUGAAGAGGGAGAUGAUGAGCAGGAUGAAGAGGGAGAUGAUGAGCAGGAAGAGGAUGAUGAAAAAGGGGGAGGAGCAAGAAGAAUAUGAAGAUAUGGAUGCUGAGGAAGAGGAUGAGCAGGAUGAUAGUGAGAAAUAAGGGAUUUUCUGAUAGGGAUUGAAAGCUUACAUAAAACUUGACCACGUUGCAUCUGACAUCUUAAAGUAAUGAGAUGACACCCAUUAAAUAUUCUUUCUGAGACCCAUGGUGUUUAAGCAUCACUUGCAUCAGCACCAUGAUGGCUACCAAGUUCUUAUUUAUGCAAUUCUUGAGGGUUGCUUGUUCACAUUUAAUGCAUAAACUAAUUUUUGCCAGUGAUGAAUGUGUAGUAUGACACUGAACAUCUUUUGUUUAGGAGCUUGAUAACUGUUAGGUGUAGUGUACAUCUACAGCAAUCAUUUGCAUUAGUUUCAAAUCCUUACUAACAUCUGUGAACUCUUAUAUACAGUUGAACCUCUUCUGUCUGCAUUUCAGAUUCAGAUAUUGAUGUAAAAGACCUACAUAAGAUCUUUCCCAAUCAGGAUCAUAUAGCUUAGAAUAAUUGAGUGUAUACAAGUACAGAAUAAGCAUCUUAACAUAAUAAUUAUGCUGACAGUUAUAAUAAGUACAACUAGUAUCUAACCUAUUUCUUUCUUUCAACAAAACCAGCCGUAUCCCACCGAGGCAGGGUGGCCCAAAAAGAAAAACAAAAGUUUCUCUUUUUAAAUUUAGUAAUUUAUACAGGAGAAGGGUUUAUUAGCCCCUUGCUCCCGGCAUUUUAGUCGCCUCUUACAACACGCACGGCUUACGGAGGAAGAAUUCUGUUCCACUUCCCCAUGGAGAUAAGAGGAAAUAAACAAGAAUAAGAACUAGAAAGAAAAUAGAAGAAAACCCAGAGGGGUGUGUAUAUAUGUGCUUGUACAUGUAUGUGUAGUGUGACCUAAGUGUAAGUAGAAGUAGCAAGACGUACCUGAAAUCUUGCAUAUUUAUGAGACAGACAAAAGACACCAGCAAUCCUACCAUCAUGUAAAACAAUUACAGGCUUUCGUUUCACACUCACUUGGCAGGACGGUAGUACACCCCUGGGUGGUUGCUGUCUACCAACCUACUACCUAGUUACCUAUUUAUUAAUAUCUAUUAUUUUCAUUAUUUUUUAAACACAUAACUGACAUGGUCAUAGAAAACAGGUCUAAGAUAUCGUUGUCAUUUUGAGUGGACACUGUGAUGUACCGUAUAGUUAUACAUGUUUUCAGGAAAUAUUGGUAGCUUGUUGAUAACAGAUUUAAUUGUUGCCCUUUGAAUUGUUUUUUCUCAAGUUGAUGGCAGUGAUGGGGCACAGGGGCUGAAAAGAGUUAUGCUAGGAUUGCAUCUACCUGCUGACAGUCUCAAAUGCACUCUUUCCCACCUGUAGUUGUUCACCACCAAAGACUAUAUGAAAGCUAGAAGGCUCAAAUUGGAAACGGUAAUCAAAUUUAACAUGCACAUGGUAGGUUAAGUUCUCCACUCAGCUAAUGCCAUUACAAUAGAAUUUUUUUUGUCAGUUAUAUCUAUUUAAAAGGAUAAGGUUUUAUUAUACAACUGCCUUGCUAUACAGCGAUAUUUUAAACAACGGGUUAUGAUGAAACAUCUUUUCAUAUUAAGAUGGCUAAUAAUUCAAAAUAUUAGACUUUAAUAAUAAAGUAAUGUUCUAGUUAUACCUAUAAUUAUUAUAUACAGUAUGAUUGUUGAUGUAAAAUGGCUUAUUCCACAUUUCAGUUUACUACUCUUUUAUUAUUUGCUAUGUGGGUGGUAGGGUAAUAUGGCUAUCCACCUGUAACUAACCAGUAUUACGAGUAUAUAGAUUCCUCUAUUUAUUGGUAUCUUCAUAUUGCUAAAAGGUUAGGAGACAAUGAUCAAUGUGUAUAAGUAUCUGUUGGUAAAUGUGUUAGACUAUAAGUGAAUCCAAGGAUCCAUUUGUUACACAAGGACCACCACCUGGUAACAGCUGGCACAACUGCUCUAUAGCAAUAGAUCUUUAAUUCUCAAUAGACAGAAUAUAUGUUAAUGCAUAAUUUCACUUCCCCUUUCCUCCAUUGUGUUUUAUUGUUGAACCACUUACAAUAAUUAAAUAACUACAGACCCCAGUUUAGUAUACCAGUGAGUUUUAAAAUGCCACAAAAUUAUCAGUAAUCUUUAAACUCCUUCAGUAUUUACAGUUACAGUAGUAAUUGAUACUGAAGUGCUCAUUAAUCUGUAAAUCCUAGAAACACUGCUCGUAUCUUAAUGUGACCCUUACAUAUUGCUUCCAUUAUAGAGUUAAUGGCAGAGAUUGGGUAUUGCCCCUUGUUAAUGUUUGUAGGAGGAACCUCUCCCUAGUAAAGUGAUGAGUUCUCGAAUGGUUUCACUAAUGGUAUACAGAUGAGCUUUGAUCUGAUAUUUUUCCUGUGAAAAGCAUGUUUAUAGAAUACAUCUAUUUUGUGAUACUUCUGUAUAUAUAUAUUUAGUAUUUAUUGAAGUCAAUCAGUGUUUCAAUGUGCUGUCAGCUUCACUUUGUUUAGUUUCCAUAAAAAAUUUAUUGAUGAAUUUAUUGUUAAAUACUGGGGACCUGGACACUUUAAAUAGAAAAUGUAAACAGGCAACUUGCAAAUAAACACCUUUCACACACAGGUGAGAAUAUUGAGAGGGUGAAGGAGGGAGGGAGGUCUCUUAAAUAUUUCGUCUCAAUUUCUGUGUCUCGCCAUGAAUUAAACUUGAAACACUUGGCUUCAAGUGUUAAAUGAAAAGUUGGUCUGUUAAUAGAUUGAGUGGUAGUCAUUACAGUGAGUGAAAGGUUGAUUGUACCAAGAGAAGAAAUUGGUAAGGCUUCCACUGAUGCCACUACUAUAGACAGUAAAAAGGAAUUAUCCAGGGUAUACAACAUUGGUAUCUAUCUUUCUUAUUUCUUUCUUUUUUUCUUUCUCUUUCUCUUUUUUUUUUCUUUCUUUUUUUCUCUCUUCUCUUGCUCUCUCUGUCCCUCCCUCCUUAAAUCUGUGUGUGUUCACAUAAAUUUGUCUGCAGUGUUGUUAUAACAUAGUCUGUGAUGAAGGAGGUAUCAAGUUUGCUCUCUUGUGUUUAUGCUUCUUGAGUCUCUUGAGAUUAUGUACAAAAUAUGUAUACUAAUUUCAUAGUAUUGAUAUGAAAUUGCAUCACAGUAUUUGUAUUACAAUAGAGCUUGUUCAGUCUGCCAAGAAUAUAUAAAAUGAAUGUUUUCAGUGACUUGAUCAUAAAAUAAUACUUUUUUACAGGAGUAUUCGUCUGUUGAAAGUUUUUUGACUACUGGUUGUAGUGCUUUUGUUUUGUGCUUAUUUUUUAUCUUAUAAAAUAUUAGUGGAUACAGUAUAUAUAAUUAGAAUGACCUUUUGUUAUUCAAAGCUUGAAGCAACUAAGUACUCGCAGGUUGGACACCAACCAUUAGUUUCUUCUCCAUCAUGAGAUAGUUAUAAUAUUAAUGUCAGUGUUGUUAAUGGAUAUAAGCACUGGCAUAUUUAAGGGUAAUGUAAAUGUGGAGCUGUGUGUCUAAUAUAUGUUGUUUGACACGGUAAUAAGAGGUUAUUUUUCUGUUGAAACUUGUUUAACUAUGUCUGUUAAUAUAAGUGUGAAAAUCACCUUAGGUUAUGAAUAGCCGACUGUUAGUUUGUAAAUGCUGUUGAUAGUCUUUUUUUGGGGGGGAUUAUUAAUGAGCAACAUAAUUAACAUUACUAUUAUUAUUACCAUUUUAUUAGUUUUUUACAUAAAUAUAUGCAUUUACUUGUGUGUGCAUGGGGCUGUGUGUUUGUGUGUACAUAUUUUAAAUCUAUUUUAUGUCAGGGAUAAUUAAAGCAUAAGUAAUCAGGUAGUGGCCAUUCCUCUGUUCAAGUAUAAAUUUUCUUACUUAAAAAAAUAAAUGAUGCAAAUUUGUAAUAGUAAAAUGUUAUCCAUAUAUAUAUAUAUUUUUUUUUUUGGACAGUCUAGAGUUAACCAAUAAUGUUUGAUGUCAUUUUUAAUUGUCCAUUUUUCAGUUAAGUAUAAAUAUACAGUAAACAUCCAUUUACCAAAUUAUUUACCAUAAUUGGAUUUCUAAAAUCAUUAUGAUUAUCCCAGCAUUUUUCUGGAUUCCUUAGUAAAUAUUAAAAUAAAUAAUACAAGUUCAUCAAUAAGCAAUACAUAUUAGGUGACAUGUACAAUAGGAAAUAUAAUUAAUAUUUUAGAGAAAUAAUUAACAGAAAAUUAAGUUAUCUCUGUUGCUGCUUCAUCACCUUGUAAUUGCAGUGCAGAUAAUCAUAAGUUUUCUAAUGUCAUGGCUGGCUUCAAUUCACUUGAGAGAAGUAAUCUGCAGGAGCCCCUGACCAGAUGAGAUGGCUAUUCAAUUAUGUUGAAUGGCUGGCUUGAAAUUUAAAAGCCAGCCACUACAAAAAUUAAAAGGCUCAUAAAUCAUAAUAAUUUCAUUUAAUAAGUAUUUAGCAUUUUCACAAAUUAUCUAGUCAAAGUUCACAUCCUUCUUUGUAAAGAAAAUGACACUGUUGACAGGUAGCAAUUGUCAGUAAAGACUUGAACCUGGCUAUUAAGAGUUAAGAUUUUCAUGUGUUAUCCACAUACCUUUUUUGAAAAAUAUUGACUUAUUUAAAAAGAAUUAUUGCUUAAGAUGGAAUUUUACUGUGUAUUUUAUUACUUAUGUUUUGUUACAUUUUCACUUAAUACAUUAACAAAGUUUUGUGUUUUCUGACUGCUCUCAGUAAAUCUCUUAAUGUGUUGUGUGUCCACUAAAGUAUAUGUUAUACAGUAUUUGUAAAUAAGUUUGCUGAAAACCAUAUCUUUGACAACCAGUGAAGAAGGUGGUUCCAUGUUGUCUUGGCUUUCCCAUUCAAGUAUUGUCUUUGAACUGAUAUGAUUAUGUUAACAACCUCGAGUAAGUUUUAUGGGUAUUGUAUUGUUUAUUAAUAUGCAGUGGAUGCUUGACUUUCCUAAUUAUAU